AUGUCUUCCGAACUCGAUCGUUUCAUUGCGCUGGGAAACGCGUCUCGCAGGCUUGUCUGGGAGAUAUACCAAAGUCGAAAUCGAGAUCCGCGGGAGUCGUUGCUCAUUUUGCUGGAGUAUUCGAAAAUAGUAAAGGACUAUCGCAAGUACCUGGGUCUCAACGCAAAGACUCUCGACCCACCCAUCCGCAUGCUAUUCGCGGAGAUUGCGAAGAAUCACAGCACUUACCUCGAUAAAGACGUCCACAUUAAACCCCAUAUCAUCCUCGACACGAGAUUCCUCGACCGGCUUCCACCACUACCCCCCAACUUCCAACCACCUGAAGACGUUCGGCCGAAUGAAGACGUGUCCAUGGGGAGCGAUGGAAGGCAAGAGGGGGAGGAGACAGAGGAUGACGAAGGUCAUCAAAGGCGGUCGAUAAAGAGAGACAACACUCACAUGAGUCCCCAAACCAAACGCUCGAAGAAAAAGAAGGUUCAUGUCGAUGACACCGCGACACGUCCUUCCACUCCCGCCGAAGAGGGAGACAACCAGCCGCCGGCUCGGGCCACGAGGAGUCGGACCGCCAAGGCUGGGAGUUCGAAGGGUGGGUCUGUGCUAGGGGAUUCGAAGGUUGGAUCCGCGCAAGGGGAUUUGCAGGGUGGGUCCGCGCAAGGAAAGUCGGCUUCGAAAGGAAGGACGGGUGGGAAGGAAAAGGAGAAGGAAAAGGGGAAGGGGAAGGGGAAGGGGAAAGAGAAAGAGGAAGAGGAGCUGGGGGAGGAGAUGGAAGAGGUGGAAGCGGAAGCGGAAGCGGAAGCGGAAGCGGAAUUGGGAGAGCCAGAGGAUGAGGCGCCGGCACAGCAGGAACCGCCCGCGCCUGGUUCGGGGUUCGAGCUCACGGACGAGCCGUGUGCCUUGUGCGUUUUUUCAGGGCAGCAGUAUUGCUGGCGCCCACCCGCGGGGGCCUGCUUCCGCUGUCGCAAACAGAAGCAAAAGUGCACGUUUUCGAAGACGACUAAGGGGUUCGGUUCCACUCGACUUGUUACGACGGCGGCGAUGGCGAAGGCGAAGGCGAAGACAGCGCCUGUGCAGUUUGGUGCCAGUUCGCAUGUGGCUGGUCCGUCGAUCAAGCCCGCGGAGGGGUCUUCAGCAAUAGCAAAGGAGCCCCAGCAGGUUGAGUGGACGGUUUUUGGUUUAUCGGAUGGUAUGCCCGCCGGUACAGCUAUAGACAGCUCAAACCUCGUAAAGAGGGAUGAGCUCAAAAUGGUGGCUACUGCGACCUAUGACCUCCAGGCAGACGUAUACGACAUCCGCGGCCAGGUACAAGCGAAGGUCGACACCGACACCAACAAAUUCGGCGAGAUCGGCGAUCGAUUGGAGGAACUCAAGGGUGAUGUCGAGAAGGUCCAGGAACAAUGUCUCGCAUUUACAACCGACAUCGACGACAUCCGUGCGGAAUUGGAAGACCUAAGGAAGGAAAUUCCAAACAACACCCAGGAAAUGCAGAGAAUGACGAAGACUAUUGACGACAUCCAGAAGCGCGUCGUGGAUCAGGAGCAGCAAUUCAACGCCUACAAGCAGAAAGCGCCCGAUAGGCUUCGUUCACUCGUACAAUCGACCGUGAACUCUGAAGUGAACAAGGUGGCUGGGGUAUUAGAGGGGAGGCUCGCAGAGAAGCUAGAGGAUUACGAUAGUCGGCUCCGCGAGUUGGAAGGGCAACAGAUCUCGGAGAUGGAGCGACAGUUGGAGGGGCUGAUUUCCGAGAAGUUCAGCCACCUCUUCAAGGACGCCGAAGGGAAGCUGGAGAAUUUCGUCAAGGGUAUCAUUGGGAAGGAGUCCCAACGGCUAGCAAAGCCUUGUGUCCAUCCCGACGGGGUGGCAAAGGAGGUGGCCUUGUCACGGAUGCGGUCGUUCAUACAAGAGGAGGUUGCGCGGGUCAGCCGCGACAUGGUACAAGAGGCUGUCGUCGUUGCCAUGCGGAAUCUGACGGUCGUCCCCCCAUCCCCUCACCAUCACCCCCCUCGCUAUCCAACGUUAAUUGACCCUGAUGCCUUUGCACAGGCUUUCGAACCUCAGCUUCUGUCUCCAGCUCGUCCUAACCUCGGCAACUCUGUUUCCGCGAUUCGUGUAUCAGAUUCCAGAGCUAACCUUGGUGCAACUCUACAGGAAUCCAUCCUGACUGAGGUACCUGACAAUGUCUCUUCCGUUCGAGCAAGGCCAGUAUCUAGGAGCAGCAACAGUGCAGACGAGGAAGAGGACCCAUAA